UUCAAUAAUGGCGGCUAGAUGUGCGAUUCGCUCAACCUUCUGCUCUCCAAUUAGCAAAUCGUUCUUAAACAGAGGACAUAGAAGUGUCCAAAGCCGUCUUGUUAGUACUAUCAACUAUGGACCAGGGUUCUCUGGCACAAGUCGCCGAUUUGUUGCCGUUUUGGCUGCGGGUUGUGGAGUAACCCUGGCUGGGUUUGUAUCCUACCAGAUGAUUUCCAACAACGUGAAAGCAAGGCCCGUCAAAGAUCUUAAUUUACCUGCCGAGAAAGGGAUCUCUGAUAUCUCGAUAACUCUGUACCAGUAUCAGAACUGCCCUUUCUGCGGUAAAGUACGAGCGUUUCUGAACUAUUAUGGAAUCAAGUACAACACUGUCGAAGUGAGCCCCUUGUGGAAGUCAGAGCUCAGUUUCUCCAAGUACAAGAAAGUUCCGUUAGUUAUGGCGGAUGACACACAGAUCAAUGACUCAUCAGUCAUUAUCAGCGCCCUCCAGUCCCUUAUGGUGGGCCAAGAUUCCAUCCAACAGAUCUUAGUUUAUUACCCUGAAAUCACUACAAAAGGUGCAGAUGGCAAAGAACAGACAGAAUAUGCCAACAGAUAUUUUAUCAUGUACAAAGAACAGGCCAUUGACAAGAAAUCCAUGGAAUACGAGAAAGAACAGAGGAAAUGGCGAAAAUGGGUGGACAAUUCAUUUGUUCAUACACUGUCACCAAACAUCUACCGCACAGCAUCAGAAGCCAUGCAGGCAUUUGAGUAUUUUACAAAGCAAAGUAAUGUCAGCACUUUUGAGAAAUAUUCAACCUACUUUGCUGGGCCAGUAGUGAUGUACUUUGUUGGAAAACAUGUGAAAAGAAAGCACAAUAUCAAAGAUGAUGUACGACAAGCCAUGUAUGAUGAGGCAGAGAUAUGGAUGAAGGCUGUUGGCAAAAGAAAGUUUAUGGGAGGAAGUGCUCCAAAUCUUGCCGACCUGGCGGUGUAUGGAGUACUGAGCGGUUUGGAAGGUCUUGAUACGUUUAAAGACCUGAUGACACACACCACAAUGAAGCCAUGGUACAAUCGAGUCAAAGAAGCUGUGCAGACUCAUGCCGGAGCUUGCUAAACCUUAAAUUGUUGUGUACAUGUGUAAAUGUCGGCUUGUUUUAAUAAGUAGUUGAACUCCUCUCCCUCCUCUCCCUCCUCUCCCUCCUCUCCCUCCUCUCCCUCCUCUCCCUCCUCUCCCUCCCCUUUCCCCCUUCUCCAACGAACGAUUUUUUUUCGAUUUUUGCAACGAGCAUAACUAUCAUUGACGCGAAGGAGACCACUAGAUAUUUGCUUAGUAAGAUAAAAGAAUAUAAAAGGGGCUAUAAUAGAUCAGGAAAUCAAUAUCAAAAGCUAAGGAUGAAGAAUAUUGAAAGGAAUUGUAAUUGACCAGUUUGAAAACAAUUUUAGGCUGGCGCUUAAGGUGCACAAUCCGCGAACUAACUUACAGUUGUCUGAUAUGAAUGUCUUAUUCCAACAGAGAGCUUCCGCACAAUAUCAGCCUAUUAAUUCUAAGAGUUUAGGUGGGGUUUGUUGGUGAAUGCUAAAAAAAUUAGGAGGAAAAAAAUCAGGGACACAAACUGACAGCAGCAUCAGACCUAUUACAACUGAGGAGGCUUUUAUUUAAGGGUAGAAUGGGAUAGGAGCUUGAAACUGUCUGUUAACAUGGAAGGAAGCACAAACAAACAGCUGGAAUUUUUUUUUCAAUUUAUUAUUACUGUAUGUGAUCUGUUUAUUGACAUUUCUGGCUUCAGCUGAAUAUGAUGAAACUGUAAUGGAACAAGUUGUAGCAUAGGCAGACUAUUUUUUACAACACCUGG